GUGCUCGGAGGCCCAGCGCGGGGCAGGCGCUUGCUCGGUGUGUCGGGGCGGCGGCGACCGGUGGGCUCGGGCCGGCGGCGGAGGAGGCUCCUGCCCGUCGGGGAUGGCGGACGCGGCGGCCUCCCCCGUGGGGAAGCGGCUCCUGCUGCUGCUGGCGGCGGGGCCCGGCGAGGGCGAGGCGGUGGGGCCGGAGCCGGGGCCUGCGCUGCCCUCCCGGGCCUGGCGGAGCGGCACGGUGCGGGCCAUGAGCGGAGCCGUGCCCCAGGACCUGGCGAUCUUUGUGGAAUUUGAUGGCUGUAACUGGAAGCAACAUGCCUGGGUGAAAGUCCAUGCUGAAGAAGUUAUAGUGCUGUUGUUGGAAGGAUCAUUGGUUUGGGCUCCUCGAAAUGAUCCAGUUAUGCUUCAGGGGACUCGUAUCUCACUGGCACAGUGGCCUGCACUAACCUUCACUCCUCUAGUAGAUAAGCUGGGCUUAGGCUCUGUGGUCCCAGUAGAGUUUCUUCUGGACAGACAUUUACGUUUCCUGUCUGAUGCCAGUGGAUUACGUUUGUUUCAGAUGGGAACGGAGAGUCAAAAUCGGAUUCUGCAGGAACAGUCUUCACUAAGAGAAUCUGUCAAUGCAUUGAUCAGUGACCAGAAGCUUCAGGAGAUAUUUAGUAGAGGUCCUUACAGUGUCCAAGGCCAAAGAGUUAAGGUUUACCAACCAGAGGAUGAAAAUAGCUGGCUCUGUGGUGUUGUGAGCCAUCAAGACCCAAUAACUCGUCUUAUGGAGGUGUCUGUGACUGAGACUGGUGAAGUAAAGUCAGUGGAUCCUCGACUGAUUCAUGUGGUGAUGGAUAAUACUUCUCCAGGCGAGGGAGGGGGCCUAAAAGCAUCUAAAUCAUCUAAAGGGAAAAAGAAGAAAGAAAGUCUGGAGGGAAAGGAUGGACGGAGGAGGAAAAAUGCUUCAGAUUCUGGGUGUGAUCCUGCAACAAAGAAGCUAAAGGAGAGGGGUGAGGUGGAUAGCAAUGGUAGUGAUGGAGGUGAGGCAAGCAGAGGUCCUUGGAAAGGAGGCUCCAGUAGUGAAACAGGACUGGAUCCAAGGGCCAAGCAGUUGCCUUCAUUCAUUCCGCAGAUUAAUCGCAAUAUUCGCUUUGCCACUUACACCAAAGAGAAUGGCCGAACACUAGUAGUCCAAGAUGAGCCAGUUGGUGGUGACACACCAUUGCCCUUCACUCCAUUUUCAUCUGUGGCUGGACAAGCUUUGCUAGUUGGAUCUGGAUGUAAAGAGGCAGGAAAAUCACUGGAACAGGUUGGCCAAGGCACAGUGACUUCUGCAACUGCAGUUACUACAGCUGCUUUGACGCCAACAACUGUGAGAAUCUCUGAUACCAGUUUGCCACCUGUUACUGGGCAGGAGAAACUGAAAACAGGCCGAUCACAAGCCCAGGGAGAGAAUUCCCAGAAUUCACUUUUGGCUUCUUCUGGAUUUGGAGUCUCGCUCCCAAGUGCUUCCCAGUCCUUAGUAUUUGGGGGUGGAAGGAGCCAAUCAAAUGGAGUGGUGACUACAGAAAGCAAGCCUUCUGGAUUUCCUUUUGGCUGCAGUACUGGACAAGAGGCUCAGAAAGAUUCUGAUCUGUCCAAGAACUUGUUUUUUCAAUGCAUGUCCCAAAAUCUACCUUCCAGUAACUACUUUACGGUCAUUUCAGAGAGCUUGACUGAAGAUGCCUCUAGUCGGGACUCAUUCAAGCAGUGUACAGAGAGUGUGGGUGCUGGCAUCUGUAAAGGCAAAAUUCUUUCAGCGGACGCUAAACCAGGAGCCCAGUCUGGUGGUUCUGUGGAGCGGAAGCUGCCUGUGGAAUCUAUGCCUACCCUUACUCCAGCCUUUUCACGAAGUGUGUUGAAUACUCGUCCCACAGAUAGUCAUGAAAACCUAUUUUUACAGCCCCCAAAGCUAUCAAGAGAGGAACCCUCCAACCCUUUCCUGGCAUUUGCUGAGAAAGCAGAACUUAGUCCUUUCAGUGGCUUUGCAUCUUCAUCUCAGACAGGGGUUUCUACUCCCUCUACACCUGUGGGUCAUAAGGCCACUUCUGGCUGGCCAGAAUCACACACCUCUGCAGACUCCUCCCUAGCUAAGAAGAAAACCUUGUUUAUAACAACUGACUCUUCAAAGAUGAUCUCCAGUACUCCUGGUUCAGCAGUUGCUGCUGGUGUUCAAAGCCCUUCCACCAUAGGGAAUGGCCGUUCCAGCUCACCGACCAGCAACUUGACACAACCUAUUGAGAUGCCCACGCUUUCCUCCAGCCCAACAGAAGAAAAACCAGCUGUUGGGCCUGGGCAGCAGGACAAUCCUCUUCUGAAAACUUUCUCUACUGUGUUUGGCAGACAUCCACCUGGCUUCUUCUCUUUGCAGGCAGAGUUUCCACAGGAGAACAAAGCCCCUUUUGAAGCUGUGAAAAGGUUCUCUUUAGAUGAGCGGAGCUUGACAUCCAAACAGGACUCGGACUCCAGUACUAAUAGUGAUCUGUCAGAUUUGAGUGAUUCUGAAGACCAGUUGCAGGCCAAGGCUUGUAUGAAGGGAAUCCCUGACCACUUGAUGGCAAAGCUAGGCCCCAAUGCAGAGCGCAAUGCUGAAUUGCUGCUGGGGAAAGGAAAAGGGAAGCAAGCCCCAAAGGGCCGGCCCCGCACAGCUCCCCUAAAAGUUGGCCAGUCUGUGUUGAAAGAUAUGAGUAAGGUGAGGAAGCUGAAGCAGUCAGGUGAGCCUUUUCUUCAGGAUGGCUCUUGCAUCAAUGUGGCUCCACACCUGCACAAGUGCCGGGAGUGCCGUCUGGAGCGGUACCGCAAAUUCAAGGAGCAAGAGCAAGAUGACUCAACUGUGGCAUGUCGCUUCUUCCAUUUUCGGAGGCUGAUAUUUACCCGGAAAGGUAUUCUACGAGUAGAGGGUUUCUUGAACCCACAACAGAGUGACCCUGAUGCCAUGAGCCUGUGGAUUCCUUCUUCCUCUCCUGCAGAGGGGAUCGAUCUGGAAACUUCCAAAUAUAUCCUGGCCAAUGUUGGGGACCAGUUCUGCCAGCUUGUUAUGUCAGAGAAGGAGGCAAUGAUGAUGGUGGAGCCACAUCAGAAAGUGGCAUGGAAGCGAGCAGUACGUGGCGUGAGGGAAAUGUGUGACGUAUGUGAGACAACACUCUUCAACAUUCACUGGGUUUGUCGCAAAUGUGGUUUUGGGGUCUGCUUGGACUGUUACCGGCUGAGGAAGAACCGUCCACGUAGCGAGACAGAGGAGAUUGGUGAUGAGGAAGUCUUUGCAUGGCUGAAAUGUGCAAAGGGUCAGUCUCAUGAACCAGAGAAUCUUAUGCCUACACAGAUCAUUCCUGGUACAGCGCUUUACAAUAUUGGAGACAUGGUUCAUGCAGCACGAGGCAAAUGGGGUAUUAAAGCCAAUUGUCCGUGUAUUAACCGGCAGAACAAAUCGGUGUUGAGACCGGCUGUCACUAAUGGAAUAUCACAGCUUCCAACUGUAAAUCCUAGUGCAUCAGUCUCUGGAAGUGAGAACACCUUUUCCACUGGAGCAGGAACAGCAGGAGUGGGGCAACUAGAAACUGACACUGUUCCAAAAUCUGAAGCAACUGAUAGUAGGAUAGAAGAAUCUGCAAAAGCAGAGACAUUACCAAACAGUAACACUGGUGAAAUAAAGACUAACAGACCGCUUUGUCCAGAAACAGCUCCGUCGUCAGCCUUACACUGGCUUGCUGAUCUAGCGACGCAAAAAGCAAAAGAAGAAACAAAAGAAUCAGGAUCACUGAGGUCAGUGCUUAACAAAGAAUCCCAUUCACCCUUUGGACUGGAUUCAUUCAACUCCACUACAAAGGUUUCCCCACUAACUCCAAAGCUGUUUAAUAGCCUCUUGUUGGGCCCAGUGACAUCUAGCAAUAAAGCCGAAGGCUCCAGCCUCAGAGAUCUGCUGCAUACAGGGCCAGGAAAGCUUCCUCAGGUCCCAUUAGACACAGGAGUCCCCUUUCCUCCAGUCUUUUCUGCAGCUUCUACGGGGGCAAAAGGUAAAGCCAGCCUGCCUAACUUCUUAGACCAUAUCAUUGCUUCUGUGGUGGAAAAUAAGAAGACAUCUGAUGCUGCAAAACGAGCUAGUAAUUUAGCUGACACACAGAGAGAGGUGAAGGAAAUGGUAAUGGGCUUAAAUGUGCUGGAUCCACACACUUCCCACUCUUGGCUGUGUGAUGGUAGACUCCUUUGCCUUCAUGAUCCUAGCAACAAAAACAACUGGAAGAUCUUCAGGGAGUGCUGGAAACAAGGCCAGCCCGUGCUGGUAUCUGGUGUCCAUAAGAAGUUGAAGUCAGAGCUUUGGAAACCAGAAGCUUUCAGCCUGGAAUUUGGAGAUCAAGAUGUAGAUUUGGUGAACUGCAGGAACUGUGCCAUAAUUUCAGACGUGAAAGUGCGUGACUUCUGGGAUGGCUUUGAGAUAAUAUCUAAACGGCUACGGUCAGAGGAUGGUCAACCAAUGGUACUAAAGUUAAAGGACUGGCCUCCAGGGGAGGACUUUAGAGAUAUGAUGCCUACAAGGUUUGAGGACUUGAUGGAAAAUCUUCCUCUUCCUGAAUAUACCAAGAGGGAUGGCAGACUUAAUUUGGCUUCUAGGCUACCAAGCUACUUUGUCCGUCCUGACUUGGGUCCCAAAAUGUACAAUGCCUAUGGCUUAAUUACUGCAGAAGACAGACGAGUUGGUACCACAAACCUGCACUUGGAUGUGUCUGAUGCUGUUAAUGUCAUGGUGUACGUUGGGAUUCCCAUUGGGGAAGGGACCCAUGAUGAUGAGGUUCUGAAAACAAUUGAUGAGGGAGAUGCUGACGAUGUAACAAAGCAGCGAAUCCAUGAAGGAAGAGAGAAACCUGGAGCAUUGUGGCAUAUCUAUGCUGCCAAGGAUGCUGAAAAGAUACGGGAACUUCUCCGGAAGGUUGGAGAAGAACAAGGCCAAGAAAACCCCCCAGAUCAUGACCCCAUUCAUGACCAAAGUUGGUACUUGGACCAGACCUUACGUAAGCGACUCUAUGAUGAGUAUGGUGUACAAGGCUGGGCAAUAGUGCAGUUCCUCGGAGAUGCUGUAUUCAUUCCUGCAGGUGCCCCCCAUCAGGUCCAUAAUUUGUACAGCUGCAUUAAAGUGGCAGAAGAUUUUGUAUCUCCAGAACAUGUGAAGCACUGCUUCCGUCUGACCCAGGAGUUCAGGCACCUGUCUAAUACUCAUACCAACCAUGAGGAUAAACUGCAGAAACAAUAACUGUCACAUAAAUGAUAGAAAAGACUGAGACCAUAUGUACAUCAGGAAAAACUGAUGGUGCUUGGCAGUUGGUUGAGCAAAUGCAAUGAAGCUGCUCACUUGGGCGUGAAGCUGUUCUGUUCAGUACCAAGAAACUGAAUUCAAUUUCUGAAAAGUGAGAAACAAGAUAGAGCUGUGAUUGUUCAAUAAUGAAGCGUGGAACAGGUUGCUGGGAGUACUAGAGAUUUUUCAUCUCUGAUCUUGUCUUUCUGAACGAUGCACAGAUGACAAACAUUUCUAGCCUCCAUACAAAGACAACGGAAUGAUUUGUUGCAUCAUCUUAAUUUACAUAGGGUUAAACCAUAUUGUUUUCUUGCUCCUUUGGGGUUUGAUUCACGUGAAUCUGAGUGACUCGGAUCACAAGGACUUUAAAAAUAAACUCUUAUGUGUGACUUCAUAGUGUACUUCCUCCUUGCUCUCAUAAAAGAGAGACUUUACUUGAAAAUCACAUGAGUAAAUGUAUGUGGCAGAAUAACCAGAAAAUGAGUUAAUAUCAGUGCAUUUGUGUAAAAUAUUUGUUGUCUGUGACAGUUAAAAUUUGUGCUGUUAAUAUCCUGAACCAGUGAUAGUAUAUACUUUGAGUAUUCUUGCUAACUCUUACGGAUUCAGCUGUCCGAGUUGAUUGUGUGGGUAUAUGAGGCUCUCCUUGUUACUCUGUAGAAAUGGAUUUUAUUUUUUUUUUCCUGUUACAGGUGAAGAACAUUAUCUACCAUGCAGUGAAAGAUGCUGUUGGCACACUGAAAGCUCAUGAAUCCAAACUAGCUAGAUCGUAGGAAUUUCUAAUUCCAAAUGCCCUGUGAACUAAGCCUUUUGCUCACAGUACAUACAGGGACUGCACAUGACUGCCUCCACAGGAGCAGGGGCUUCUCACCAAGAGCUGGUGUGGUCAGAAUUACACACACUCUUCAGCCACUGUUUUCUACGCUGCCUCAACACUGAAGGUCUAAUGGAAAGUUGCACUAAUACAUGCAGAAUUCCAGAUUCUAAUGAAAGGUGCCAUGUCCCUUUCCUGUGGCCUUUUGCAAAUUGGAAGAACAUGGAAACCACUUGGUGUUCCUGCAUAUUAUGAUUAGAAAUGGUAUAAAGAGUGUGGAUGGUUUUUUUCCUCAUGCCUAGUUAGACUCCACAAAGUUAGAAGGAAUGUGCUGGAGGUGGGUUGUCCUACUGCAGACUUAGUUGAUAACUGCUGAAGGAGUGUGACCAACAGUAGCCCAACUGCAGAAAUUUAAGCAAACUUCCCAUGUGAGAUACAGGCCAAGGAAAAUAAUAAAACUAUUCUCUGCACUCCCCUUCUUGUAGUCGUUUCUCUAUACACUGUAGAGUUGCAGAAAUAAAGGGAGAACCCACUUUUUUUCCCCAUGAGACUCCAGAAAUAAGAGAAUUGUGUAUUUAGUGAAAAACUAGGUUUGUAGUGAAACAGUUAAUAUUUCAUGAAAGUAGAUAUUUUUAGUAUUUUUAAAGUACCACAACUGUUCCUGGAUUUUUAAGGAAAGGCGCAUUACAUUUAGUCUUCCUUACAAUAAAAUCAAGAACUGAUUUUUAGAAAGCAGUCCAAAAUAGCACAAAACCAGCCAAAGGAGAGUGGGUAGAAAUUGACACCCUACCUCCCUUGCCCAUAUUCCUCACCCAUCUUCCCCCCUCUCCCUAUGCCACCUUGCUUCCUCAGAAUGAGAAGUAAAAAGGAGUAUAAACUCUGUUCUCAUGUGGAGAUGUUGUACAUCUCUCCCUGCACUGGUGACUGCAGGCAAUAGUUCACCCAAUACCAGUGCUAAUUGAAAACAUCUAUCCUUUCCAAAGUGAAGGAGAAGUUAACUUUCAGUGUCAACUUUGUCCAGAACUAUUUUAAGUAAAAUGUUCCUGCUUGAUAGAACUGUAUUCAGAAUUUACUAAUGUCAGCAUUGAUGCAAUGGAUUUCAUUGUCCGGGUACACGGGGAAAUGUAUCUACCUUAUAUCCAGCUGUACUGUAGUGCCACCCGCAGGCCUGUUAAUAUGUUCACGGUUAUUUCAUUUUUUAAAAAAUAAAGUCAUUUACUGUAA